GGUACACACAGUGAUGGUACUUUCUGUUCAGAAGAAAUGAUAUUCCUUGCCUGUUCCUCUCUGAAAACUGAGUUCACUCAGUGGGAUCGGUUUCAAAUGACGCAAUCCUUUAUUUUUAAACCAAUGACCUCAUCCCUCGUUGAAGUUUACUGACCAGCAAAAACUCAAGUUUGUCCUCCCUCUUGAUUUCUUUAUUUUUCUCAAUGAUAUUUGACUAAACAUGAAGUUGGAAUUAACCCACUUUUUUAGAGCGAUUCAAAAUCUUGAACUUGAGGAAACUGCGUCCGGAGCAGCAUAAAAAAGGGGUUUAUGUUCGAACUUGAGUUUCUACAGCGCCCAUCAUUAUAGACAUGUUUCUCCAAAUAUCUUUGCAUCAAAAAUCAAAAUGACUCCUGCUAGUAGAAGAACUAUAAUGGAUGCGUCUCUAACCACAGUUCAUCUGUGAAUGCAUCAGCUUUGCAGAAUUUCCAGUGCAGGUUUCACAUUAACUGCAGAAUGGACUUAAUCCAGCUGGACCAGAUGGAGAACCAGUGGGGUCUAGGUCAAGAGCAGAAAUGUAGAAGAAAAUGGUCAAAAUCAUCUCGGAUGUAGCCAUGGGGGAUAGGAUAUUGAAAUGCCAUUGUGACAGAAUGAACCAGAAACUCAAUUCAGUACGAAGAGUACAAGUGAAGAAAAGGUAAUGAAUGAUGUAAUCCAUCCCAGCCCCAGUGCUUCUUUUGUCCUAGUUGUGAAAUGCUAUGAAAUGGGUACCCAGCAUUGACUAAUGAAUAGAUUUGACAGCUUGCUUUGUGGAAUGGCCUUUUUGUAGUUGCCCGACAACAGAAGCAACAGAAAGCUAUUCACUGCAAGGGAUCUUCAGAAUGCAUUUGACUAUUCUUCUGUCGGUUGGAAUCAACAUGACAUCAUACAUUCCUUAUACAAUGGUGUGGCUUAGCUUUUAAGUACACAAGCCAUUACGUCAUCAUUGCAAAUUAGGGUGGGGGGGUACGUCUGUUGCCAUGGCGGAUGAUAUUGCCAGGACUCAACUGAUUGGUGCUGAGAAGCUGGUGGCACUCCUGGAAAGUGGCACUGCAAAUGUGCUGCUGAUCGACAGCCGUCCUUUUGUAGAGUACAAUACUUCUCACAUCCUAGAAGCAAUCAACAUCAAUUGUUCCAAACUGAUGAAAAGGAGACUGCAGCAGGACAAACUGUUGAUUACUGAACUCAUCCAACACUCAGCAAAACAGAAGGUUGAAAUAGACUUCAAUCAGGAGGUGGUUGUAUAUGAUCAGAGCUCAAAGGAUGUUUCUUCUGUAUCCCCGGACUCUUUCCUUACUGUUCUUCUGGGCAAACUGGAGAAAAGUUUCAGAUAUGUUCAUCUUCUUUCAGGUGGUUUUGUUGCAUUCUCAAACUGCUUCCCUGGUCUAUGUGAAGGAAAAUCUGCUAUAGUUCCUACCUGUAUCUCUCAGCCCUGCCUACCAGUUGCCAACCUUGGUCCUACUAGAAUCCUUCCUCAUCUUUACCUUGGCUGCCAACGAGAUGUUCUCAAUAAGGAACUGAUGCAGCAGAAUGACAUUGCUUAUGUGUUAAAUGCAAGCAACACAUGCCCGAAGCCGGAUUUUAUUCCAGAGUCUCACUUUCUCAGAGUUCCUGUUAAUGAUAGCUUCUGUGAGAAAAUCUUGCCUUGGCUGGACAAGUCUGUGGAAUUCAUAGAAAAAGCAAAGGCCUCAAAUAGUCGAGUCCUAGUGCACUGUUUAGCUGGUAUUUCACGUUCUGCUACAAUUGCCAUAGCGUACAUCAUGAAGAGAAUGAACAUGUCCUUAGAUGAAGCCUACAGAUUUGUGAAGGAAAAGCGACCAACAAUUUCUCCAAAUUUCAACUUUCUUGGCCAGCUCCUUGAUUUUGAAAAGGGGAUAAAAAGUGAAACAGGGCAGUCUGGACAAGUCACAAAGCUGAAGCUGCUACACCUGGAUAAAGCUGUAGAACAUGAGUCUGUCCAGGAUGAUGAUCACUGCAACUUUAUAACUUGUCUACCCUGUACCACCAUCUCUACCUCAGAAACUGUGGAUCAGAGUAUUGCAGCAGAGCCAGCUACUGUGUCAAAUGCACUUUUAGAUACUCCAGCUUUCAACAAUGAAGAGGAGUGUCUCCUGGUACAGGACUUGAGUGGUCUCCAUGUUUCUUCAGAAAAGCUUGAAGACAAUAACAGACUAAAGCGCUCAUUUUCUUUGGAUAUAAAAUCUAUGACAUCAAGUAGUAAUGUGACUGGGACAUUACAUUUUGCUUCUGCAGAGGAAACUUUGGACUAUUUUAGAGCUUCUGGUGCUGACAGCACAAAAGUUUGUCAAUUCUCACCUGUAGAAGAAGUUUCAGAACAGACUCCAGAGACGAGCCCUGACAGAGAAGAAGCUGUUGUGUCUGAAAGUAAAACAAGCUCAUGGCAGUCGCAUAGUCAAAGUAAACCAGAGAAAAUGGGUAGAUCCACCACUACGCUACGAUCCUUCAUGCACCCACUUCACCGGAGUGGAAGCAUGGAAGAUACCUGUAGAAACAGUUUUCUCUUUGGGCUGUCUACUAGCCAGCAACAUCUGGCACGAUCUGCUGUAGGAGUGGGACUCAAGGGGUGGCAUUCGGACAUUCUUAUGCCUCAGACAUCAGGUGCUUCUUUAGCUAACAGCUGGUAUUUUGCCACAGAUUCAUCACAUUUCUAUUCGACUUCUGCGAUUUUUGGAGGUAGCACAUAUUCUGCUUAUAGCUGUGGCCAGCUUUCUACAGGAUGUGAUCAAGCCUCUGCUGUGCGCAGGAGGCAAAAGCACAAUGACCGUGGUGAUUCAAGGCGUAGCUGGCAUGAAGAAAGCUCCUUUGAGAAGCAGUUCAAAAGGAGAAGCUGUCAAAUGGAGUUUGAAGAAAGUUUGUCAGACAGCAGGUCCCGAGAGGACCUAGGGAAGAUUGGAAGCCAGUCUAGUUUUUCUGGUAGCAUGGAAAUUAUUGAAGUAUCCUAAACAUAUGUUAAUUGGUUUCAUCUUCCUUGUAAAUGAUUUCCCUGCAAAUCUGAAAUUUUAAGAGUUUUUUUCAGAACUCUUCGAACUUUAACAGUAACUAUUUAUGCAAAUUAAUGCCUGCACUGGUGAGAGAAUAGUGAUGGGUUUUAAUUAGGAGGACAAGGAGUCUUCCACAAGAGUUCGCACUCAUUCUGAAGUAGUCGUAUGCAGCAAAUUGCACAUAAAUAAUAUUUUGAGAAGGAAAGCUUUCUUUGUAGGAGAAAAAAAAUCUGUUCUCAUUUAGUUAGAUUGCCAAGUCAUGAAUUUCAUAAAAAAAUCACCUACCCAUAUAAUUAAUCAAUGCACCUUGCCGUGAGACUGAGCCAGAAUUUGCGUUUAGAUACUCUCUGAGAGAGGGGGGGGACUGGUGGAGCAGCCAGUAAUGUGGCACAUAGUCAUAACUAGAUGGUCCUAAAUCUGCCUGAUUAGUACUCUAGUGUAAAUAGUGAUGUAAUUAUCUUGAUAUAUAAUUAGAUGAUUUGUCAGAGUUGCUUACAGCAAAUACAGUACCUCAGUGCAUUAAACCUAGGGUUGGAUGGUUGAUGCAUUGUGGUAACCCUAGUACGGUUAGGUAAUGUGAAUGGUAAGUUGACCAUUUAUUUUAGUUAGCUUAUGUUAUGUUUGCACCCAUUUUCCAUAGGUGUUAUAAGUAAUUGCAACUUAACCAGGUUCUGAUUGUAGUAUAUGGUGGCAGUGACUAGAACUAGUUCAAAUAAUCAUCACUGUAUUACAUCUGUGCAGCUGACAUUUGGGAAGAGAAAAAGGGGGACUUAAACCUGUAAUGUUAUCAGCUGGCUAGUGAAGGUGAUUUAUCAAAUGACACAUGGUAAUUAAUGAAGCCCAAAUGAAAAUAAGAUACUUUUUUUGAAUUUUUUUUUAACUGUAUGUAGCCAGUCCAUUCAAAUCUCAGGUUUUACUGUGGAAAAUGCCUUUGUUUAUUUGACAAGGUUUAAACAAUUUUGUAAAGACUGCAAGGGAGGGACGCUGCUGCUUUGCAAGUGUUUUAAGGAUACGUGUCAUUUAGUAACAGAGUGACUUAAAAUAGAUGCUAUAAAAAAAAUGAGACGCUGGUGAAAACCAAAAGUUUUGUAAUUUUAUGGUUCCAUGCAGAUGUGACUGAGAUUGUUUCAUCUGCAAACAUCAUGUGUCCAACUUUGUGCAUUAGUAUUUCUAUUUUUAAUUGUUCAAACUCCAUCUAUUGGUGGAAGAUAAGGCUAUAUUGGUUCAUCAGCUUUUAAAAAUUAAUUACAAGUAAAAUGUUUUGUACUUCGACUGUUUAGAAUGGCUACCAUGGGCUAAAUCUAGGUUCUGAGAUACUGUUCCUGUCAGUGGUUUAAAAAAAGUAGGUUUCAUCAGCUGCACUUUGAAAUGUUUCCAAACUACUGAAUUUUGUUGCAGAUUUUUUUUCCACUAGCAUGAUAAUUUGUAUAAAAAUGCAGUCAUUUUAUUUAGAGGUAUGGCUUACUAAAGGGCUUGUGACCUUAAAGUUAACUGGAAAAUACCUAAAUUCAGAUUCCAUCCACCAGUAGUAGUAGGUGUGAAACUGAAAUCCAGUUGUAUUCUUGCUGCAGUUUCAUUUACUUUUUGAGCCUUUCUUCAUUUUAGGUUGUGUAUUAAAACUGACCCCAGUUAUGACAGAGCAGUUUUUGAUUACCAUAAAACCUAUUAUUGCAAGGCGGUAUGAAGGUCUAGUCCAACUUUUCAGAUUUUAGCUUUUAAUUUAUUAAUUUAACUAGUUAACUGAACUGGUGCUUCAUAGACCUCUUCUUAGGCCACAAGGAUAAAUGCAGUGUAUGCAUGUAUGUAUAUAUUUGUGUGUUUGUGUCAUUACAAAAUGGGGAGAGAUGCAGAUUUUUUUUUUGGGGGGGGGGGGUCCAUGCAUAUAUGGAAAGAAUAAACAGCUGUACACAGCCAGUGGCCGAAAGUCAGAACUGAACUCUGGACAUUGAACCAUUGCGCUACACUGCUACAAACAGAUUAAUAUAUUGGUUAAAAGAAAUAAAACUAUGAUGGUCUAGGACAUUUUCCAGUAACCUAUUUAAUAAGCAAACACAAUGUCCCUAAUCUUCCUUCAGAAAUUAUUUGGGAAUAUUAUUUUCUUGAUUGUGAAUCUGCAUGAAUUAGGAAAUAAAACUGAAAACAGGAUAGAGCGCAUUUACCAUUCGUCUCUUGUUGAGAGGUUUGAAUAAAUUGGCCAUUGCAGCUUAUUUAUUAGUGAAUAAUUCAUGUACUUAGUUACACAGAAGGUAUGGAUAAUAGAUCAUUAUCUCUUUUCUUGCAGCAUCACUGGAUUUGCUUAUUAAAUGGGACAUCAUCAAACUAAGCACCUUUCUUCAACCAUGUGAUCCAUAGUAAUGAGCCCAGAAACUGUGACUGCUUGUAUCUUCAGACUGUUUACAUAGUAUAGAUUUCACUACAGUGCUGACAAUUUUGUUCUGUACUCAGUUUCAAUAUAUUUUGUCUGAUUCUCUUGCCCUGUCCAUUUGUGGUUUAUCAACAAUGUAUUGAUACCAAAGAAGAGAAGUUUUUUGUCUUUGUUUUACUGAGAAAAAUGUGAGAUCACAUCUGUUAGUUCUUCUGCAGAGAAACAUGUAACCUUUUAGAGAUGUGUAAAGCACAGCCUUCAUCAUCUGCCUUUUCAUUCCUAAGCAGGACUGAUUCUUUUAUAGGUGGUUGACUGCUUUGCUUGUGACCAUAGUCAUCUUUCUUAAUUUGCAAUCUGGCAAACAUUUUAUGUUCAAUCCAUGUCUACAAGAAGAGCCAUUUGUAUUUUAUUGAGAAACUUAAUGAAGAUCAUAUUAGGGAUGGUGUAGAGUACUAAACAGGAUUAACUGAACAUGUUCUCUAGCUAUUCAUUGGGAUGAUUUUCAAAGCAUCUGUUAAUCCUAGUCCCCAUUGAGAAAGAUUUUGACAUUUUAUGCCCACAGUCAGAGCCACAUGUCUCGUAAAAUGUUGAAAUAAUUUGCAAGAAAUGAGCAAAGUAAAAAUUACCAGUAUCAAAACUCUCUCACUUGCCAUCAUGUAGAAGGUCGUGGUGCUCACAUCACCUUACUACAAUCUCCUCGGAGGUAGCAUUACUUAAAGAAAAGGCAAUAUACUUUCUUUUUUUAAUCAAAAUCAAGUGUUUGCUUCUUUCAUCUCUUUGGUGACUUUGGAAUGGGAAAGUCGCAUUCUGAAAAAGUUGCCUGAAUUUCAUUGAUUCAGACUGUUGUACUUCAAAGAAAAAAAAUAAACCACUCACUGAGCACUGUA